GCAAGCACUCGAAAUGUCAGAGGAUGCAGCAGGAGCAGCAACAGAUUCAGCGGGAACUGCAACAAAUGCAGCAGGAACUGAAACAGAUGCAGCAGGAACAGCAACCGAAGCAGCAGGAACAACAACAGAUGCAGCAGGAGCAGAAGAUGCAACAGAUGCUGAAGAUGUCAAUCCAAAGGAAGCAGAAAGCAGUGAAACCAACACAAAGACAGCGAAAUCCGAAGCGGGAUUAACUGCUGGAAAUCAUACAGAGUUUUCUACUGACCAGAUGGCAAACUCGACAACAAUUCCUUCUGUCACCCAACUGAUCGAUCUGAUGACUUACAAACCGUCUGGCGAAGUGGAGAAUGGCGGUGAUCCGUUCGUUUCCCCAAAUGGACACAAGCAUGGGGCAAGACAUGUGAGAGCACACGAUGGUUUCCAUAAUAUUCAGAAUGAACCACUUUGGGCGCACUGGAAUGAUGUAUUCAGCACAACAGCGCGCAGCACGACCUAGCCCAAAGACACUAAUAAAGACACCCUGUAUAUUAGAGGCAAUGCCGCACAGUGGCACCUUUUGUCAAAACAGAUUGCAAAAAUCAUAUUUAAAACAAUAUCUUACCAAAAAAAGUUGUGUUUCGAUCAAUAUAUGGUGUGGUAAUAUAGGGUCACAGUUUGACCUUUCUAUUUAAGCACUAUCGGUACUUAAUAACCA